AUGUCCCCCAAAGGAGGUGCAGACAGCCCAGAACAAGUGCCCUUUGUCCAGUCCAUGCCUCCGGCCAGCAGGGCUCGGAGACCAUUGUUUGGGACCUUCCAGGAGAAGUGGGGUGCGGAGACCCCGGGCUCACCUGACCCCGGCACCCCGGGACCUGGGACACAGGAGGCGGCAGAGGCCGGAGAAGGACCCACAGCGGCCGGCAGGACCCGCCCAGCCCGGCAGGCCCGACCCACGUGGCGGCAUCAUGUGACCGCCCUGCAUGCGCAGCCCCAGGACACCCACAAUCACCAAACAGAAGCUCCAUCCCCCCAGCUAGUGACUCUGAACAGGCCCCACAGGAAGCCUGUGGUUGUGGAGAGUACAGAGGAAGCCAGCACAGCCCUGGGCUUUGGGGUCCGGUCAUGUGACCCCUCCCCGGGGCUCCCUGCCUGCAGCCGUCCUGGAGGUGGAGGAUUGAUCGGGGGUCUCCAGGGCAAGGUCCCAGGGUGCUCAGCGGGGGGGGGGCCCACUGAGCCCCCAGCUGCAGAGAUGCGGGAACCCCCAGAGCCAGAGGACCUAUGGGACGAGAUGACCCGACUGUGCGCCCCGGGGACCCCGGUGCGAGCGCUGCCCUAUGCCUUGGUGGACAAGCGCCUCAUCCAGCGGCUGCGGGAGCCCUCAGAGCUGCAGCGAUGCUGGAGGCGGCGAUGGCUGCACAGGUGGCAGGUGGCUAGACGGCUGCAGGAGGCAGCACGGAGGCUGUCCCGGGGCUUCGGGCUCUGGGAGAAGCCGCUCUACGAGAUCGGGGGGCUCUUCGGCACCGGGACCCAGGCCUACUUCACCUUCCUCCGCUUCCUGCUGCAGCUCAAUCUUCUGACCCUGCUGCUGAUUGCAGGCUUUGUCCUAUUGCCACUGGCCUGGCUCCAACCUCCUGACCCCCAGCUUGCCUCCAACGCCACCCUCCAGUGCCCCCGUGACCCCCAGUCCCAGACCGGUGUCCCCAAGUUUCACAAUCAAGUGUGGGAUGUCCUGAGCGGCCGGGCCUUCAACCAGACCUACCUCUUCUAUGGCGCAUACCAGGCAGGGCCUGAAAAAGACUCGGCCUACAGCAUCCGGCUCGCCUACCUCCUCAGCCCACUGGCAUGCCUACUGCUCUGCUUCUGUGGGACCCUGCAGCGGAUGGUGAAGAAGCUGCCACAGACUCUUCUCCUGAGCCAAGACUACAGGUCCCCGCUCAGCGCCAAGGUCUUCUCGUCCUGGGACUUCUGCAUCCGAGGGCGGGAAGCGGCCGUCAUCAAGAAGCACGAGAUCAGCAACGAGCUAAAGGUGGCGCUGGAGGAGGGCCGGCGAUUUCUGCAGACCCAGCAUCUGACCCGCACCCAGCGCGCCUGCCGCCUGCUCAGCUUCCUUCGGACCAACCUCCUGAUCCUGCUGUUGGUGGCCGGGGCCAUCUGCGCCAUCUUCUGGGCCACCAAGUACUCACAAGACUACAAGGAGGACCCCCCAUUCGUGCUGCUCCAGUAUCUGCCAUCUGGGGUCAUCGCCCUGGCCAAUUAUCUGGGUCCCCUCAUCUUUCUGUUCCUGGUCCAGCUGGAGAACUACUCUCCCAGCACCGAGGUCAACCUCACCCUGGUCUGGUGCGUGGUGCUCAAGCUGGCCAGCCUAGCUAUGUUCUCCCUGUCGCUGGGCCAGACCAUCCUGUGCAUCGGGAGGAACAAGACCAGCUGCGAGUCCUACGGCUACAACGUCUGUGACUACCAGUGCUGGGAGAAUUCAGUGGGCGAGGAGCUGUACAAGCUGAGCACCUUCAACUUCAUCCUCACCGUCUCCUUCACCUUCCUGGUCACACUGCCAAGGAGGCUGCUGGUGGAGCGCUGCUCAGGCCGCUUCUGGGUCUGGCUGGACCGGGAGGAAUUCCUGGUGCCCAAGAACGUGCUGGACAUCGUGGCGGGGCAGACAAUCACCUGGAUGGGCCUCUACUACUGUCCGCUGCUGCCUCUGCUCCAAAGCACCUUCAUCUUCCUCACCUUCUACCUCAAGAAGUACACGCUCCUGCGGAACUCCAGAGCGUCCACCCGGCGCUUCCGGGCCUCCAGCUCCACCUUCUUCUUCCAGCUGGUGCUGCUGCUGGGCCUGCUCCUGGCCGCAGGGCCCCUGGGCUACGUGGUCAGCAGCGUCCACUCCUCCCAGGACUGCGGCCUCUUCGGCAACUACUCGGCCCCCUGGCAGGUGCUCCCGGAGCUGGUGGCGCUGCGGGUCCCACCUGCUGGCCAGCUGGUCCUGCGCUUCCUGGGCUCCCGCGCCUUCAGCUUUCCACUGCUCAUCCUGCUCAGCCUCGUCCUGACCGUGUGCAUCUCCCAGUACCAGGCCAAUGGCCGGGCCAUCCAGGGGCUCCGGAAGCAGCUGCUUUGGCAGGUGCAAGAAAAGUGGCACCUGGUGGAUGACUUGUCGCGACUGAUGCCGGAUCCGUGCCCGGAGUCCCCACUCUCCCCAGCUUCGCGCCCACGAUCCUUCUGCCCGGGAUUCCCAUGUCCAGGCUCUCCGGGACCUCGGCCCCCCAAGCCCAAGCCUGGACCCUCUUUAAAGGACCCCGCAGCAUCCCAUAGCCCGUCCCUGGAUUUGGACGAGGACCCACAUCUAGCCUGUAGAUUCCGCUUCUCCAGCAGUGGCUCCGAGGUCUAG